GGACGACUGAGCGACCCAGCGAUUCCGGCUCUCCGCAGCAGUUUCCGUGCAUCGGAUCACCUCUCUGCAACUGCGCCUGCAGCCCGCCGUGUGCGGGAAAUUCGCUUUGCCAUCAUGGACUCUUCAACCUGGACCGUCACUGACCAUCCGGUGCAUCCCACGGCCGAGGAUGACUUCCAGCAGUUCCUGGACAUGGGUAGCAUGGGGAACUUAACCGAUGGCAUGAACUACAACUUCCAGGAUUUCCAGUCCUCCGCAGGCUCCCAGUUACUGCAAUCGCAUCCGCGGGAACAGCUGGACAUCCCCAUGAGCGGCACCGAUGCGCCGAUUCUGCUGUCGCCAAGCGUGCCCGCGAUGCAGCCGCACCAGAUGCCGGCCAUCACCAGUGCUGCGCCCAUCACCAGUGCUGCGCCUUAUCAGACGGUCCCGGCAACCAUGAUGCCCCCCCCGACUCCGACCGAGGCCAUCGUGGACAGUAUCGACGCUCAGAUCCAAUUCCUCCAGCAGCAGAAGCUGCGGCACCAGCAGCGGCAGAUAGAGGAACAGCAGGCCGCCUUCUUCACCCGCCAGCAAAGCCGCAUGGUGCCGCCAACCCCGCAAAGCCUGGAGAUCCAGCCUGGGUCCAAUCAGUUCUACGCUCAGCCCAAUAAUGCCUCUGAGCAGCGACCGCAGCAGAGCAUCGAGUAUCGGUACCAGAGGCUAAAAGACCAGUCAGAUAUGUCGUUCACUCCGCUGGUGUCGCCGGCGGUCACCCCUCUUGAUACUCAUUUCUCGGUUGACUCGCAGUUCGCGGUAUCGGGCGCGUACUUCAGCCCGUUAACGUCACCGGCUCUGCAUGCGCAGACCGACCCUCUUGCCAUGUUUGACCAGUUACACGGCAGUGUGACCACGAGCUCGCCCGUGGAUAUGGAGUUGGACUCCUCGGCCGCUCCAGCUAUGCCCAAUCCCGCGCCUGGUGACCUAACCAAGAAAAUGCGAAAGAAUGCGUCCAAGGCAAGGGCCAAGGCCGGCGGCGUGAAGCAGUCACCAAUCUCAAAACCGCUGCGGCGGAGGACCGCAACGACCCCGACCAUGAACGCCCAAGUCCUGAGCGAGCUGGCUGAGAGCGCGGAACAACAGCAGGAUUCCCAGCAGCUUCCCACUCCGAUGCUCCAGACUUCAUCCUCGUCCACGACCGGGAUGACGGAUUCUGAAGAUUCGGUAUCCCCAGAGGCCCUAAACGAUAGCGCCCCUGUCGAGAUGCCUCCGCCCCCAAUCCCCAAGUCGCGGUCUGCCAGGCCGUCCCCUUACAUUGCCCCUCAAACAAGUGUAGCUCCCAGUGUGCCCCAGCCUUCGCGGCCGGGGCUGGCGUCCCCCGCCGCCCCUGCGACCCCUGCGUCCCUCAUGAAACUCAGUUCGCCGAAUUCCCGCACUGCUGGCACCAGGCCCGGCAGCCAGGAAGUUGUCGAUACAGAGCACAUCGAAUCGUUUGAGCUCCCAGAAUCGGCAAACUUCUUGAAUAGGAAUCCGGCUCCGACAAAGGGCCCCGCAGCGCCGCCACAACCCUCGCAGGAUGGCGGUUCCUCCAAGACCCCGUCUCUUGCGCCACUCCCUUCGCCGUCCCUUGUGAAGCCGCCUGCAACCUCGUCCGCAACUCAAAGUCCGCAGUUGCUCGCUGGGUCUGGAGUCAGCUCGAGGAAAACCCCCCAGCUCUUGCCGAGAGGGAGCAAGAAACGAGGGAGCGUCAGCUCGAUCCCCGUCUCGCCAGCUUUGAGGCCAAAGAUAUCGCCGAGCAUCAAGCCCCUACUGCCCGGCGGCCCCGACAUCGAGGAGGCAGCGUCUCAUCUUCUCGCCACAAAGUCAAACUAUCAGCGCAUCCUCGAGGGCAAUACCGUCCCCGGGGUCUCGUAUCCGAGCGAGCUCUCGACCAACCUUACGUCGAAACGCACGUCGCACAAGAUUGCCGAGCAAGGCCGCCGGAACCGGAUCAACUCGGCCCUGCAGGAGAUCGCCACGCUGCUUCCCCGCCCGCCAAAAGACAGCGAGGGCGAGGGCAGCGACGGCAAGAAGGACAAGAGCGGGCACGUGCCAAACAGCAAGGCGAGCACGGUCGAGAUGGCAAUCGAGUACAUCAAGCAGCUGCAGAAGGAGGUUGCCGAUGCGACCCGGCGGGCUGAGGAGGCGGAGAAGAAGCUCGAGCUGAAGGCCGAGGGGAAGGUAGCCGAAGGGUCAGGCUGAGAGUUCC